AUGGGAGAUCCCUUCCUGUUCGGCUCGGCCCGUCUGGCUCCAGGCCGCGAAGAUGCGGACCUGCAGCUUCCAAUCAAAGCGGGGCCACAGAACACUCACACCAAAGUCAGCACGGAGCACAACAAGGAAUGCCUGAUCAACAUUUCCAAGUACAAGUUUUCCUUGGUAAUCAGCGGCCUCACCAACAUACUGAAGAAUGUGAACAACAUGCGGAUAUUUGGGGAGAAUGCAGAGAAGAACCUCUACCUCUCUCAGCUCAUCAUCCUGGACACACUGGAGAAGUGCCUGGCUGGGCAACCCAAGGACUGCAUGCGGUUGGACGAGACGAUGCUGGUGAAGCAGCUCCUGCCAGAGAUCUGCCACUUCAUCCACACGUACCGCGACGGCAACCCGCACGCGGCCGAGCUGCGCAGCUCUGCCUCGGGGGUCCUCUUCUCCCUCAGCUGCAACAACUUCAAUGCCGUCUUUAGCCGCAUCGCCACCAGGCUGCAGGAGCUCACGGUGUGUUCAGAAGACAACGUGGACGUCCAUGACAUCGAGCUCAUCCAGUACAUCAACGUGGACUGCUCCAAGCUCAAAAGACUUCUCCAAGAAACGGUGUUCAAAUUUAAAACACUGAAGAAACCCGCUCAGCUCAGUGUCAUCAACAGUUUGGAGAAGGCCUUCUGGAACUGGGUGGAGAACUAUCCUGAUGAGUUCACCAUGCUGUACCAGCGCCCCCAGACAGACAUGGCAGACUGUGCGGAGAAGCUCUUCGACCUGGUGGACAGCUUCGCAGAGAGUGCCAAGCGCAAGGCCGCUGUCUGGCCCCUCCAGAUCAUCCUCCUCAUCCUCUGUCCCGAGAUCACGCAGAACAUCUCCCGCGAUGUGGUGGAAGACAGCACGGCCAACAAGAAGCUGUUCUUGGAGAACCUGCGCAAGGCACUGGCGGGUCAUGGUGGCAGCAAACAACUGACGGAGAGUGCAGCCAUUGCCUGUGUGAAACUCUGCAAGGCCUCAACCUACGUCAACUGGGAGGACCACUCUGUCAUCUUCGUCCUGGUACAGUCCAUCGUGGUUGACCUCAAGGCCCUACUCUUCAAUCCCACAAAGCCUUUCUCGCGUGGAGCAGGCAGCCAGAGUGCCGAUGUGGACCUUAUGAUUGACUGCUUUGUCUCCUGUUUCCGCAUCAACCCGCACAACAACCAGCACUUUAAGGUCUGUCUCUCCUCUUCGUCUCCACCCACCUUUCAUUUUGUCUUGGUCAACUCCCUGCACAGAAUCAUCACCAACUCUCCUCUGGACUGGUGGCCCAAGAUCGAUGCUGUCUACUGCUACUCUGGAGAACUGCGGUCUAUGUUCAACGACACGUUGGGCCGGGUCAUACAGGGCUUUGGGACCCAUGCGCCCCUCCGCAUGACACCGAGCCAGACAUUCAAGGAGAAGAUGACCAGCCUGAAGUUCAAAGAGAAGACCACUGAUCUGGACACUAGGAGCCAUAAGCACCUGUUGCUGGCCAUGGUCAAGCUGAUCCACGCCGACCCAAAGCUCAUGCUGCAUGGCCAGGAGAUGCAGAACAGCACAGUGGACCUCAUCAUGGGCCUUGUUCAGUUGGUGCCCUUGGCCAGCAUGCCUGAGAUCUCCCAGGAGGCCAUGGAGGCCCUGCUCGUCUUGCACCAACCUGAAACCAUAGCGCUGUGGAACCCAGAUGCACCAAUGGAGACCUUUUGGGACAUCAGCUCACAGGUCCUAUACCUUAUCUGCAAGAAGCUGAUUGGCCAUCAGAUGAUUAACAGCACAGAGAUCCUCAAGUGGCUGCGGGAGAUCCUCAUCUGCAGGAACAAGUUCCUCCUCAAGAACAAGGAGUGUGCUACCUUGGGGAGCGGCAUCCCCAUCUGCCGGCAGGCCCAGACCAAACUAGAGGUGUCCCUUUACAUGUUCCUGUGGAGCCCCGACAUGGAAGCCGUGCUGGUGGCCAUGUCCUGCUUCCGGCACCUGUGCGAGGAGGCCGACAUCCGUUGCAGUGUGGACGAGGUGCCGGUGCAGAAUAUCCUGCCCAAUUACAACACCUUCAUGGAGUUUGCCUCCGUUAGCAACAUGAUGUCCACAGGUCGUGCCGCCCUGCAGAAGAGAGUGAUGGCUUUGCUGAGGAGGGCAGAACACCCCACUGCAGGAAAUACUGAGGCCUGGGAGGACACGUACGCCAAAUGGGAACAGGCCACCAAGUUAAUCCUUAGCCACCCGAAAAUCAAGAUUGAGGACGGCCAGGAGUGGAUCAACAUGACGGGCUUCCUGUGCGCCCUGGGGGGCGUGUGCCUGCAGCAGAGGAGCACGCCCUGCCAGCCUACCUACAGCCCCCCCAUGGGCCCCCUGGCCGAGCGCAAGGGCUCCAUGAUCUCUAUGGGGUCCAGCGAGGGCAACGUGGACACGCCGCUCAGCAAGUUCCUGGACCGCCUGCUGUCGCUGAUGGUGUGCAACCACGAGAAGGUGGGCCUGCAGAUCCGCACCAACAUCAAGGACCUGGUGGGCCUGGAGCUGAGUCCUGCGCUUUACCCGAUGCUCUUCAACAAGCUCAAGAACAGCAUCAGCCGCUUCUUUGACACUCAGGGUCCGGUUCCCAUCAAUGACACCAACACCCAGUUCGUGGAACAGACCAUCGCCAUCAUGAAGAACCUUCUGGACAACCACACCGAGGGCAGCUCUGAGCACUUGGGCCAGGCCAGCAUCGAGACCAUGAUGCUCAACUUGGUCAGGUAUGUGCGCAUUCUUGGCAACAUGGUCCACGCCAUCCAGAUCAAGACCAAGCUUUGCCAGCUGGUAGAAGUGAUGAUGGAGCGUAGGGACGAUCUCUCCUUCUGCCAGGAGAUGAAGUUCAGGAAUAAGAUGGUGGAGUACCUGACGGACUGGGUGAUGGGAACAUCCAACCAAGCAGCCGAUGACGAUGUCAAGUGCCUAACCAGGGACCUGGACCAGGCGAGCAUGGAGGCUGUCGUCUCCCUUCUGGCAGGGCUGCCUCUGCAGCCGGAGGAGGGGGAUGGCGUGGAGCUCAUGGAGGCCAAGUCACAGCUCUUCCUGAAGUACUUCACCCUGUUCAUGAACCUGCUGAAUGACUGCAGCGAGGUGGAAGACGACGGGCAGCCGGUGGGUGGGCGUAAACGGGGCAUGUCCCGCCGCCUGGCCUCGCUGCGCCACUGCACCGUGCUGGCCAUGUCCAACCUGCUCAAUGCCAAUGUUGACAGCGGCCUCAUGCAUUCCAUUGGCCUGGGCUACCACAAGGAUCUGCAGACCCGAGCCACCUUCAUGGAGGUGCUGACCAAGAUCCUGCAGCAGGGCACGGAGUUUGACACUCUGGCCGAGACCGUGCUGGCCGACCGCUUCGAGAGGCUGGUGGAGCUGGUCACCAUGAUGGGUGACCAGGGAGAGCUCCCCAUCGCCAUGGCGCUGGCCAACGUAGUGCCCUGCUCGCAGUGGGACGAGCUGGCCCGCGUACUGGUGACGCUGUUCGACUCCCGGCACCUGCUUUACCAGCUUCUGUGGAACAUGUUCUCCAAGGAGGUUGAGCUGGCCGACUCCAUGCAGACGCUCUUCCGUGGAAACAGCCUAGCCAGUAAAAUAAUGACCUUCUGCUUUAAGGUUUACGGCGCCACCUAUCUGCAGAAGCUGCUAGAGCCCCUGCUCAGAGGAGUCAUCAAUACGCCAGAGGCACAGCAGAUCAGCUUUGAGGUUGACCCGACCAGGCUAGAACCAAGCGAGUGUCUGGAGGACAACCAGCGCAACCUGCUGAGGAUCACAGAUCGCUUCUUCCUGGCCAUCAUCAGCUCUUCGUCUGACUUCCCCCCACAGCUGCGCAGUGUGUGUCACUGCCUGUACCAGGCAACUUGCCACUCUCUUCUGAGUAAAGCCACAGUUAAAGAAAAAUUGGAAGGCAUAAAAUCAGUGGUGAGCCUAAGGUUCCCCCAAAACAGCAUUGGGGCAGUAGGCAGCGCCAUGUUCCUUCGCUUUAUCAACCCUGCCAUCGUGUCGCCGUACGAGGCCGGUGUCCUGGACAAAAAGCCCCCACCCAGGAUAGAGCGAGGCCUAAAGCUCAUGUCCAAGAUCCUGCAGAGCAUAGCGAACCACGUCCUGUUCACCAAAGAGGAGCACAUGAGACCUUUCAAUGACUUUGUGAAGAGCAACUUUGAUGCAGCUAGGCGGUUUUUCCUCGACAUCGCCUCCGAUUCACCCCCAAGUGACUCCGUCAACCACAGCCUGUCCUUCAUCAGCGAUGGCAAUGUGCUGGCCCUGCAUCGGCUCCUCUGGAACAAUCAGGAGAGGAUCGGACAGUACCUCUCCAGCAACAGGGACCACAAGGCGGUAGGGAGACGGCCUUUUGAUAAGAUGGCCACUCUCCUGGCCUACCUGGGCCCCCCAGAGCAUAAGCCUGUGGCAGACACCCACUGGUCCAGUCUGAACCUCACCAGCUCAAAGUUUGAGGAGUUCAUGACCAGGCAUCAAGUCCACGAGAAAGAGGAGUUCAAAGCUCUGAAGACGCUCAACAUCUUCUACCAGGCCGGCACGUCCAAGAAUGGAAAUCCUGUGUUCUACUAUGUCGCUCGAAGGUUCAAAACUGGUCAAAUCAAUGGCGACCUGCUCAUCUACCACGUCCUGCUGACGCUGAAGCCUUACUACGCCAAACCGUACGAGAUCGUGGUUGACCUAACCCACGUCGGGCCCAGCAAUCGCUUCAAAACCGACUUCCUGUCCAAGUGGUUCGUUGUCUUCCCGGGCUUCGCCUACGAGAAUGUGGCCGCUGUCUACGUCUACAACUGCAACUCGUGGGUGCGAGAGUACACCAAGUAUCACGAGCGUCUGCUCACCGGCCUCAAGGGAAGCAAGAAGCUGCUCUUCAUCGACUCGCCGGCGCGACUGGCUGAGCACGUCGAGCCCGACCAGCAGAAGCUGCCAGCCGCCACCCUGGCCUUGGAGGAAGAUCUCAAGGUGUUCCACAAUGCCCUCAAGCUGGCCCACAAGGACACAAAGGUCUCCAUUAAGGUGGGUUCUACAGCGGUCCAGGUGACCUCGGCGGAACGCACCCGGGUGCUGGGCCAGUCCGUCUUCCUCAACGACAUCUACUACGCGUCCGAGGUGGAGGAGAUCUGCCUGGUGGAUGAGAACCAGUUCACGCUGACCAUCGCCAACCAGGGCACGCCGCUCACAUUCAUGCACCAGGAGUGCGAGGCCAUCGUCCAGUCGAUCAUCCACAUCCGCACGCGCUGGGAGCUCUCGCAGCCCGACUCUAUCCCUCAGCAUACCAAAAUCCGGCCCAAGGACGUGCCCGGCACCCUGCUCAACAUCGCCCUGCUCAAUCUGGGCAGCUCCGACCCAAGCCUGAGGUCUGCAGCCUACAACCUGCUCUGUGCCCUGACCUGCACCUUCAACUUGAAGAUCGAGGGCCAGCUGCUGGAGACGUCGGGGCUGUGCAUCCCCGCCAACAACACGCUCUUCAUCGUCUCCAUCAGCAAGACGUUGGCGGCUAACGAGCCCCACCUCACGCUGGAGUUCCUGGAGGAGUGCAUCUCUGGCUUCAGCAAGUCCAGUAUAGAGCUGAAACACCUGUGUCUGGAGUACAUGACGCCCUGGCUGCUGAACCUGGUGCGCUUCUGCAAGCACAACGACGACGCCAAGCGACAGCGGGUGACGGCCAUCUUGGAUAAGCUCAUCACCAUGACCAUCAACGAGAAGCAGAUGUACCCUUCCAUCCAGGCCAAAAUUUGGGGCAGCCUGGGGCAGAUAACAGACCUCCUGGAUGUGGUGCUAGACAGCUUCAUCAAAACUAGCGCCACUGGAGGCCUGGGGUCCGUCAAGGCCGAGGUGAUGGCCGACACAGCGGUGGCGCUGGCUUCCGGCAACGUCAAGCUGGUGUCCAGCAAGGUGAUCAGUCGGAUGUGCAAGAUCAUCGACAAGACCUGCCUGUCGCCCACGCCGACGCUGGUGCAGCACCUGAUGUGGGAUGACAUCGCCAUCCUGGCGCGCUAUAUGCUCAUGCUCUCCUUCCACAACUCGCUGGACGUGGCCACGCACCUGCCCUACCUCUUCCACGUGGUCACCCUGCUGGUGGCUACGGGCCCCCUCUCGCUGCGCGCCUCCACCCACGGCCUGGUCAUCAACAUCAUCCACUCACUCUGUACCUGCUCACAGCUCAACUUCAGCGAGGAAACCAAGCAGGUUCUGCGCCUGAGUCUGACCGAGUUCUCGCUGCCCAAGUUCUACCUGCUCUUCGGCAUCAGCAAGGUGAAGUCGGCCGCUGUCAUCGCCUUCCGCUCCAGCUACCGCGACCGCUCCUUCUCCCCCGGCUCCUACGAACGGGAGACCUUCGCCCUGUCGUCCCUGGAGACAGUCACCGAGGCCCUGCUGGAGAUCAUGGAGGCCUGUAUGAGGGACAUUCCUUCGUGCAAGUGGCUUGACCAGUGGACGGAGCUUGCACAAAAGUUUGCGUUCCAGUACAACCCGUCGCUGCAGCCGAGGGCCCUGGUGGUGUUUGGCUGCAUCAGCAAGCGCGUGUCGCACGGGCAGAUCAAGCAGAUCAUCCGCAUCCUGAGCAAGGCCAGCCCCCUGCUCAGCAUCGACCGCGGCCUGGAGAGCUGUCUGAAGGGGCCGGAUAAUUACAACAGUCAGGUUCUGAUAGAGGCUACAGUCAUAGCGCUGACCAAACUGCAGCCCCUUCUCAGUAAGGACUCCCCCAUGCACAAGGCCCUGUUCUGGGUGGCUGUGGCCGUACUGCAGCUAGAUGAGGUGAAUCUGUACUCGGCCGGGACGGCACUGCUGGAGCAGAACCUGCAGACCCUGGACAACCUGCGGGUCUUCAACGACAAGAGCCCAGAGGAGGUCUUCAUGGAGAUCCGAAAGCCUCUGGAAUGGCACUGCAAACAGAUGGACCAUUUUGUGGGCCUCAACUUCAACUCUAACUUCAAUUUUGCACUAGUGGGACACCUGCUGAAAGGUUACCGCCACCCGUCCCCGACCACAGUGGCGCGGACCGUACGCAUCCUCCACGUGCUGCUGGCCCUGGUGGGGAAGCACCUGAACUGUGACAAGUUUGAGGUGAACACACAGAGCGUGGCCUACCUUGCGGCUCUGCUCACCGUCUCGGAGGAAGUACGCAGCCGCUGCAGCCUGAAGCACAGGAAGUCGUUGUUGCUUUCGGAGGUUGCCAUGGAGAAUGUUCCCAUGGAUACGUACUCGGUGCCCCGGAGCGACUCUGCCUGCAGGACCCUCCGGGAGAGCCAGCUGUGGGCAUCUCCAAAGGUGUCGGACCGCUACCUGGCUGCCAGCUACCCCACCAUGGGCCAGAUCAGUCCCCGCACUCGCAAGUCGAUGAGCCUGGACAUGGGGCAGCCUUCACAGGCUAACACCAAGAAGCUGCUAGGCACGAGGAAGAGCUUCGACCACUUAAUAUCUGACACUAAGGCCCCGAAACGGCCAGAGAUGGAGUCCGGGGUCACCACGCCCCCCAAGAUGAGAAGGGUGGCUGAGAAUGACUACGAAAUAGAGACCCAAAGAAUAGCCAACCCCCAACACCCCCACCUGCGCAAGGUGUCUGUGUCGGAGUCCAAUGUGCUGUUGGACGAGGAGGUGCUGACAGACCCCAAGAUCCAGGCGCUACUUCUCACAGUCCUGGCCACCCUGGUGAAAUACACUACGGACGAGUUUGACCAGCGGAUCCUGUAUGAGUAUCUGGCCGAGGCUAGUGUCGUCUUCCCGAAGGUCUUUCCUGUUGUCCACAACCUCCUAGACUCGAAGAUCAGCACCCUCCUGUCGCUAUGUCAGGACCCCAACCUGCUAAACCCCAUCCACGGCAUUGUGCAGAGCGUGGUAUACCACGAGGAGUCACCCCCCCAGUACCAGCCGUCCUACCUGCAGAGCUUUGGUUUCAAUGGACUGUGGAGGUUUGCUGGUCCAUUCUCAAAGCAAACCCAGAUCCCGGACUAUGCAGAGCUGAUCGUGAAGUUCCUGGACGCUCUGAUCGACACCUACCUGCCGGGGGUGGAUGAGGACACCAGCGAGGAGUCUCUGCGGACGCCCACUUCUCCCUACCCGCCGCCCGUCCAGAGCCAGCUCAGCAUCACUGCUAACCUCAACCUUUCCAACUCCAUGACCUCGCUGGCCACCUCCCAGCAUUCCCCGGUUUAUAGACGCUCCCCGACUUUGUCCCAUAUGAGGUCCUCCGAAGUGGUUCAGCCAAGAAUUCCUGCCUCACUGUCUUGCUCUAAGUCAGCCGUUUUCACGUCGCCCCUCGUCAGCCCAGGUAUCGACAAGGAGAACGUGGAGCUCUCCCCCACAACGGGCCACGCCAACAGCGGGCGCACGCGCCACGGGUCGGCCAGCCAGGUGCAGAAACAGCGCAGUGCCGGCAGCUUCAAGAGGCCCAGUAUCAAGAAGAUUUACUCGUUUGCCAAGUCAACCAGUUCCGCCUAA